AUGUCCUUAACGAUCUCUCAUCAUCACAGUUCACAGGCAGCGCCACCACCGGAACCACCGCAGACAUGCGCUCAGGGCCACCGCACCACGCUGAUCCUUGCAACGGAGGAAGGCGGAUCGAUCUGCCUGCUCUGCUUCUCCAACCUCAUCUCAAAUCCGAGAUCGCCAACCGUCCACGUCUCCUACGCCCUCUCCCAGCUCUCCAUUGCCCUCUCGCAGUCGCAAUUCCGCCACGACUUCUUCACUUUCCACUCCCACUUCCUCAUCUCGCCUCUAGUCGCCGUCCUCUCCUCCUUCCACGACGAUCCGAUCGCUCAGCAGACGGUGGAUUUGAUCGUCCAGAUUUGCGACGCGGCCAACUUCGAGGUGUUUCAGGAGUUCGUGGCUCGUGUUUCUGAUAGGCUCUCAGCUGGAUCUCUUGCUUGGAGUCGGCGCCAGCACUACACUCUUCACUGCUUAGGUGUGCUCUUGAAUUCUCAGAAAAAUGAAGCCUGUGCUUCUAUUAAAGACACAGAUGCCCUCAUUUUCAACCUUGCCAGUGGUCUUCAAUUAUCUAGUGAGGAGAUUCAAGCAGAGAUCCUGUUUGUCCUGUACAAAAUAUUUCUCCUGCAUUCUUAUAAAGACUAUAACUGUAAUGAAAGUUUAUUCUUUCAUUACCCCAAGCUAGUUUGCUUAUCCCUGGAAGUUCUCAUGAAAGCUGAAUGUGAUGAUCUUCGCUUGAACUGUGUAGCAUUUCUGACAGUUCUGGCCCAGAAAGGCUUGUUUCAGAUUACAUCCAUCAAUGAUGUAAGGAGGAGUGCUUCCUCUGAUAUUAAAACUUUGAUGCAAACAGCAGAAGAUACAAUGGACAACCCUCCUCUAGUUCUCUUGUUUGCAGAGGCUGUCAAAGGCCCCCUGCUUUCUCCAGAUAGUCAAGUUCAAGUUGCAACAUUAGACUUACUCUUUCUAUUUCUCUCUUGGGAAGAUGUCUCUGGAAAAGAAAUUGAAGUGUUUGUGGAGCAGAACAUUGCAGAUUAUGCAUUUGAAAUAUUGAGAUUGUCAGUAGACUCAUCUCAAACAAAAGGAUGCAAAGAUUCACUGAUUACUGCUUGCAUUCAGGUUCUUGAUCUUUUAUCUAUUGCUGAAAAAGCAUUUAUACAAAGACUAGCUACUGGAUUGGCAACCCUGGUUCCUGUUCUUCAUCAUGUUGCUAAUGUUCCUUUUCACCCUGUACAAACUGAGACACUGAUGCUCGUAUGGACUUGUGUAACAAACUGGCCAGGAAUAGUAUCCAAAUCUGAUAUUGAAGAAAUAAGCUUUAUCUUGAGUGGGAUGCUAAAGAAAAAUAUUGAUGGGGAGAUUGGAAUGUCUCCCAGCACAUUUACUUUGGUUUGCUCAAUACUUAUUGCUCUUAUGAAAUGCUCAUCUUCCAAUGGGGUUUCAAGCUUCCUUGUAUCAAUUCAAGAUGCAUCAAGAAAUGCUAUUUUAACUUGUUUAAGCCAUUAUGAUAAAUAUCCAAGUCAAAUUUUGCACUCCCUUUACCUGCUGAAAGAGGCAUAUGUGUACAGUCAUGGAGAAAAUCUGACAAGCUCCAUUUGUACAGAACUAAGACGGGGAAUUGUAGAUAUAUGUAAAACACAUGUAUUACCAUGGUUUAUGAGGGCCCUUAAUGAUAUUGAAGAGGAGGAUAUUGCACUUGCAGUUUUCGAAACUUUUCAUACAAUAUUGCUAGAAGAUUCUGGUACUGAAACCAAGAUAUUUGCAAAUAUUCUAUUCUCAUUCUCCUGGUUCAGUUUUUCAUUUGGAUUAUUAGGCUUAUUUCCCACAGAAAAAAUGAAAUGGAGGGUUUAUCUUUUGUUCAGUUUAUUGUCAGAGGCUCUUAUUGGGGGUGAUUCUGGGCAGUGCAUUAGGGAUGCUGCCCUUCAUUUGCCAUCUGACCCUGUGGAUUUGCUCUUUCUUCUUGGCCAGAGAAGCUCCCAAAAUCUUGAGCUGUCUUGUUGCCAAUCUGCAGUGCUAAUGUUGCUGCACAUUAGCUCUUUGAAUGAUGAUAGGAUUGCUGAAGAUAAGCUUGUCUUAGCUUCCCUGGAGCAAUAUAUUAUACUCAACAGCAACGAAUAUCUAUACGGUUCUUCUGUUUCUGGGAUGUUGAAAUUGUUGAUAAAUCUCUAUGCACUAUAUAGGGCUCUGGCCAAAAUGAGCUACCAAAUUGCUUACAGCCCAGAAGCAGAGAGGAUCAUGUUUCAUCUAUUAGCUGAAAAGGAGUGGGAUUUGCUUACCAUGAGAAUCCAUUUGACAUCUUUGCAAUGGUUGUUCCAACAAGAGAGAAUCUGCAAGUUGUUGUCUCUCCAGAUUCUGAAGUUUUGCAGAUACAACUUGAAAGGACAGCAGAUGGUUGUCCAACGGAAAAAUAACCAGAAUAUAGAUUUACGUGUAGUAGCAGAUCUUGUAGCAUCUGGGGAUAACUUUGCUGGUCUACUUUUUGUAUUUGUUUUAGGAGAGUUGGUAGAUGAAGUUGACAAAGAGAUUGACAUUGGCCUAGUUUUAAGAACAAUACAAGAUGUAAUUGAAAUAUCACCAGCUGCUUCAGCUCAGUUAUGUAUGCAUGGGAUAGGUUCUGCAUUUCAGAAGUUAUAUUAUCAGUCUAGAUAUUCUUCUUGUCCAGAUAUAUUCCUGGCCACUUCAGAACUAGCUUUCAUGAUUCUUCAAACAGUAAAAUCUGAAUCAAUUUCUGAUGAUGACAUUUGGGUUGGUAUAGUAGUGAAGUUGAUGGACUACCUCAUACCCUCAGUGGCUGCAGAUGGAUGGAGCAGGGAAACUCUCAUAGUAGUUGGGAUUUUCUCCUUGAUUCUACAUCAUUCUACAGAUCAGAAACUGGUUGAGGCUUCAAAAAGCAUACUUAUGAGUACCCCUUUGGUGUCAAUGAUCAAUGACACAAUCACAGAGGCUUGUUCUAAGGGACCUGCUCUAAUUGACCAUGAUGAAACUACAAGAACUGGGGAAGUUCUAAUUUUUGUGCUUGCAUUACUAUUCUUUGCAUUUAAGAGUUCAUAUGCAAUUUUACCAGGGAUUGUGAACUGUCAGCAUCUACUUGAUAACAGCAGCUCAGAGCAGCCUCUACCCUAUACAAGCAUUAAGUGCCAUGACUUGUGCAAGCUGAUUCAUUUUGGUUCCUAUAUCAUAAAACUGGUUGCCUCUUAUCACCUUGUGGAGAUUUUUAGCAGAAUAUCAGAAACCAAUGCAAGAAAGCCAGAUGAAUUAAAAUUCAAAAGAGGGUAUUUGUUAUCUACCAGCGCCGUAUUAGAAGGCCUCAUCUUUUCCAGUGAUAUUCAAGUUUCAAUGAAUUGCUCCCUCUGUCUGUCCAUGAUCAUUGGGUGGCAAGAUUUGCAAAACCAGGUGCCCUCCAUUGAAAGGGACAGCUGGUUUCGGUUGAUUGUAGAAGAACUGGCAGUGGCUUUGGCAGUUCCAUGUUUGGCGUCAAAAUCCUUCACAAUCCACCACAAGCCAGCGAUUCAUGUUGCAGUUUCAUUGCUGAGAAUGAAGCAAGCUCCUCCAUGGAUGUCUUCAGUGUUUGAUGAAUCCUGCAUUUGUGGCAUUAUCAAGAACAUUUCUGCAUCUAAUUUGAGCCCUGAACUGGUGCUUUUGUUUCGACAACUGCUUAAUUCAGGGUAUCUGAGGGAUGAACACAUCUCAAGCUUAAAUCGUGUAUUCCAGGAAUGCAGAAGAUGUAUGUACAGAGACAACAUUGGAGAAGUUAGGACAGAGGAGCAUGCCAAGAACAAUGUGGCAGCAGCUAUCCUAGGCGAUUUAAGGAAUACAAGUGAGUUUCUGAUUGAUCUCAUGAAAUCUCAGUCGUCAAUUAAUAUUGAGUGUAGUGGAAGUCAAAGUGAACAUAGGAGAUUGUUGGAAGAGAUAGACUUAUUUUUAAAGUGUUUAAUGGUAGACGAUUAAGGCUAAAAAGAUAUGUACACAAAAAUGUAAAUUUAUAGAUGUUAGGACUUGGGAUUAACAAAAAUUAAUGGAUGAGAGCUGCUUAGAUGAAAA